UUAGAUUAAUGUAUUGCUUCCAUCCAUUCCGUUGUUGGUCUAUCGUACGCCAUACUUUUUCUUUGUAAUUAGAAACUAACGAGAACCAUUUUGAUAUUAUUUGUUUUUUACGUAGUAAGUUCUGAGCAUCGUAAAAAUGGAAGACCAAGGAGGCAGCUCUGCUCCCAGAGUGAGUGACAAGAAGUUGGCGCAGACACAGGCUAAAGUUGAUGAAGUUGUCGGCAUUAUGCGUGUCAAUGUCGAGAAAGUUUUGGAGAGGGAUCAGAAGUUGUCCGAGCUGGAUAAUCGCGCUGAUGCCCUGCAACACGGAGCAGCGCAGUUCGAACAACAAGCUGGUAAGCUUAAAAGGAAGUAUUGGUGGCAAAACUUGAAGAUGAUGUUGAUAAUUGGUGCUAUUGGUGCAGUUCUACUUAUCAUUAUAAUCGUGUCGCUGACCGGUGGUUCUUCAGGAAGCAACACUAACAAUUCGGCGGCAGUGACCGAAGCUCCGGCUGCUGGUACAGGACGAUAAUCAGCAAGAAUCUAAAGCAUAUAUGAUCCAAGGAUUAGCAUGAAACUAAAAUAUUUCAGUUUGGGACUUGACUGAAUUCUGUAAGAUCCUAUAUUUUUUAAAUUACCUUUGGCCUUUAUAAAAAAACGGUAAUAAAAAGACUACAUAUUUGAAUGUGCUUACGCUUUAUAAUGAUUGUUACUUGGUAUGUUUAGAUAAUAUAUGAAUGUUAAAAGUAAUACAGCAGACACCAUGAUUUAUCUAAGUGUUUCUGCCUCUAGGUGUAAUUUUUAUGGAAGAAGCCUCUGAAACAAUAGGUAGUUAUGGCAGUGGUGGAUUUGUAUUCUUGGCCACCCUAAAUCCCAGGCCCUGUAGUAAGUACUAGCCACCCUUUUCUCAUCAACCAUCAUAUAAAGAUUGCCGCCCAUAAACUCUGGCCACCCUAGGACGUCCUAGGGUGGCUAGAUUUUAUGGGCAGCAAUCUAUAUGAAGGCCUACUGGGCCUAAGGGCAAAUCUGCCACUGAGUGUUUCAAAUAAAGUUUACAAUGUUCCAUUUUACUAUCUGUUUAUUGUUACCUAAUUAUAAACCCAUUAGCUUUAAAUGCUGAUGUAGUUAACAGGUGGAACAAGAUAUAAAUUAUUGGACUAUGGAAUGUUAACUUGCUAUACUGAUUUGUUUUUGAUUACCAGAAUAAAAAUAUAUUUUUAUCAAGUGAAACAAAAAUAAGGUAUUCAUAUUACAUAUGUAUUUUGGAUGUAAAAUGGCUUUACAAUAUCUUUGUAAAUGUUACAUAAGUUACAUUAAAUGGCCAAUAUUUUGUACAGAUUUGUAAUAAGUAACUAGUAUUAAUCCAAAGUUGUUAUGUAUGGCAUACAAAAAAAUAUAAUGGGCCAAAUACGGAACUGAUAUUUACACAACAUUUUACAUGUUUUGCCUCAAUUGCCUAGGAGUAUAAAGGUUUAACUACUAACAAUUUAAUUUAUUGAUAAAUGUUUAUUAGCGUUUGUAAUGUUCAUAAAGUCUGGACAUAGCACAAUUUGCAUAAAAUAAACGAAAGCACAAAGUGUUUUAAAAAUACUAGGCUGAUUUUACAUAUUCAUUACUAUUUAUUACUGGGAUUUACUGUAGUGGGUUGGGACCAUGGAGAGAAUAGUUUUUGUAUUCACUAUUUGAUAUUUACAAUGCAUUUUCUGAUUGAGAUUUAUAUAUUUUGGGAUGGCGCCAACAUUCUUAAUAUAAUACAGUGCCUAAAACCUGCUGGGUCAUUCCUUAUCCCUUCGAGUGGCAUUGUCCUCCUCGAGGUCUCUACGGUAAGUGGCGGUGGCCGCGAGGAGGACAGACAUAACAAGCCCGUUGAGUGGCGCAGCCAUUUUGGAAAAAUAUACGUCAAGUGGCGGGGCCUCAAUGGGUGAUCAUCGCGAAUUUGGCGCGUGACUUUGUUUUACGCGGGAAUUCGACCGUUAGGGAAUACUAUCCUUGUUUAUUGACGAAUGCAUCUUGCAAGAGUGAGCAAGCAAGGCAUAGUUUUAACGGUUUUAUUUUAGGCGCGAAAUGCAGCGUCGCACAGAUGCCGCGAGACGGUCUCUGCCAAUUACGGGCUUGUUAUGACCGAACCUUCUCGCGGCCUCUGCCACGCAAAGGCAUAUUUAAAAAAUGGCCGCGCCAUUUCUCCUGUCGUUCAACCGGAGGUGCUGCCACCUGAAGGGAUAUAUGGAUGGUGAGAGGAAAUGUGACUUAGUCUCUAUCUAUAGAAAUUCUAUUAUCUAUAGAAAGUCGUUUUUGUAUUCCUUCACUGCUUCCUGCUACAUAAAUUAACCUGUAAAAAGUGUUUUUACUGAGAAUAACAGAGUAUCACAAGGUCGAUGAUGCAGGAAGUCUAUUUAGUAUAAGAGGUGUCAUUUCCUUUCCUCUUAACAAUAAAUGCUGAUGUCGUAUUCCUAUUGUAAUUGUACCUAAUUAUAAUAUUCUCUUUUAUAACUGUUAAGAUAUAAUAAAUGUAUGUAUUCUUCAAUUAAGAA